AUGGCUUAUCCUCGUCGUGAUCGUUACGACGACGGCUACUACGGCCCGCCGCCAGACGAUCGAUUUACUGGUCCUCCUCCACGACGACAUAAAUCCGAGAGACAUCGUCGUCGAAGUCCUGAUGCCGGCGCUAGGUACGGAGAUGAUGCGUAUUCUCCGCGACGAGGACAUUCUCGCAGAGAACCACAAGAGCCAAGAGGCAUGACACAACCCUCAAGCAGUGGUCGACGGCCACGAAGUCCUGCGCCAUAUUAUCCCUCUGAACCAGCACCUCGCGAAUCGCGGAGAGAGCCUCGUCAUUCAAAACAUGAUCGAGAUGCACCUAGAGAUUACUCCGAUCGCGAUUAUCCGCCUCCUCGAGAUUACGCGAGCUCUAGAGAUAAACCCCGUCGCUCACAUCGUGACGAACCUGAAUAUCGUCCACGAAGGGAUAGAGCUUCUCCACCACCAGAAUACAGAUCGCGCGGGCGCGAAGGACGUCCUCACAAAUCUCGAACUUUCUCGCCAGAACCGAAAUCGAGAGGUCGGGAUUUCCCACCCGUCGGGUACGGCAGUGAUGAGAAUAAACGCAGUCAUCGGCGGGCACGAUCACACGACCGCUCGCAUAAGCGAGAUGUGAGUCCGGCUCGUGGUCGUGAUCGCGCCGUUGCCCCUACGACCAAAGCAACGUCUUCUUCUCGACGCAAAUCUGCCCCCGCUCCCGCUGCAGCUGCAGCCGGAGCAAAGAAACAGGCUUGGUGGCAGAAUCCUCUCCUGCAGGCGGGUGCCAGGACUGCAUUUGCGGCCGGAGCGCAGGCUGCGAUGCAGAACCGCAAAGAUCCUAGUCCGUGGUUGGGAUCGAAGGGGGCAAAGGUUGCGACGGCAGCACUGGGGGCUGCGUUGAUGGAUGGAUUUGGCGGCGGGAAGAAGAAGGAUUAA